CGCGGCUGGGGGCCGGCGCUGCGUUCCGGUCGGCUGCGGCCCGGCGCCCUCCGGUCCGCCGCUCGCUUCGGCGCGUGGCCCGCCGCGGCUUCCGGUGGUGGCCUCCGCCCGGGCUUUUGUUCCGCCCGCGGCGCCGUCGCUGCCUUCCUCGUG